AUGAGAGAACUCAAGGUUCUUCAUGCCCGAAUUAUCCUCCAAGGAUUGGUUUCUCAAAAUAUCACUCUCGGAAAAUUGAUCUCUUUCUGCUCUGUUUCUCAAGUUGGGGAUCUUCACUAUGCCCACCUUGUUUUUGAUCACCUUCCCCAACCCAAUAAGUUUAUGUUCAAUUGCUUGAUAAGGGGGUACUCCACUUCUCCACAUCCAAUCAAUGCUAUUUUUCUCUACGUUCAAAUGAUGCGAUCUGGGUUUUUACCCAAUCGAUUUACUCUCCCUUUUGUACUCAAGUCUUGUGCUUCUCAGCUCGCGUAUUGGGAAGCUUUUGUUGUUCAUUGCCAAGCUAUUCGAUUGGGGAUGUUGUCUCAUGUAUAUGUGCAUAAUGCUCUGAUUAAUGCUUAUGCUGUUUUUGGUUUUGUUCAAUGUGCGUACCAAGUGUUUGAUGAAAUGUCUAAUAGAACUCUGGUGUCCUGGAAUUCGAUGAUUGGUGGGUACUUUAGGAAUGGGCUUUGUAAGGGAGCGUUUUUGUUGUUUCGAGAGAUGAGAGAGACGGGAUUUCAGCCGGAUAAGUUCACAUUGGUUCAUUUACUUUCCAUUUGUUCAAAAAGUUGUAGAUUAGACAUAGGUAAAAGUGUGCAUCAUUAUGUAGAGAUUACUGGGAUUGAGUUUGAUCUAAUUUUAAGAAACGCUCUGUUGGAUAUUGCAUAUUCAAAGCAUGGACUUAUUCGCCAUGCUCGUGAGAUAUUUGAUCAAAUUCCUGAGAAGAACGUGAUAUCUUGGAACUCAAUGAUCUUGUGUUAUGUUCAAGACGGCCAAUGCAAGGAGGCAUUGCUUCUUUUUCAACAAAUGUGUGAGACCACCAUCAUUCCUGAUGAGACCACUCUAGUUAGUGUUCUUUCAGCCUGCAGUCAAAUUGGUGAUUUAGCCAUGGGAGAAAAAACACAUGGUUGCAUAUGCAGACACAGUAUCGUGAUUACCGUCACUCUCUUGAACUCCCUUGUUGACAUGUACGUGAAAUGUGGUGCCCUUGAAACCGUCUUGGAUUUCUUCUUUGAGUUUAAAGAUAAAAAUUUAGUUUCCUGGAAUAUCGUUAUCCAGGCUCUUGCAUUACAUGGCCAUGGAUUGGAUGCACUGAAACUAUUCAAUAUGAUGCAUACAACAGGAAUUUGGCCUGACAAAUUCACAUUCAUGGGACUGCUAUCUGCUUGUAACCACUUGUCAACAUGGGAUGAUAUUUAUUUGAGAGAAUGA